AUGUCAGCAUACCAGACCUAUCCACAGCAAGGUGGGAGAAACUUGCCAGGUGCCCCCAGCGAGAGAUCAGCCGCUUCAGAGGAUGAUGGAGAGGAGGAGAGGGAUCUACCUCCUUCAAAAGGCAAUGGGACGGCCGCUCCGAGUAAUCUUGCGCCCAGAAAAUUUUCGCCUUUCGCUUACCCCCUCCUCCAGGAUUACUGUCACCGGAUGAAGAUGAAAUGUAUCGGUAAGGAGAAUCCACCGUGUAAUCGGUGUAGGCAAAGCAAACAUCCAUGUACUUUUGAUGGACCGAGGAAAUCCAAGUCGUCUAAAGUUGAAGACCGAUUACGCCUGGUGGAAGCACAGAUCGGGGCCAUGCAAGGGAAUCUACAAGAGUUGUUGCAGCUGCAAAGAGGUGCAGCUGCUGUUGCCGCGGCGAACACCCAUCCAUCCACCACGAAUGACUUUGAUGCAAACUCCCCUGUUCACCUCGGUCAGCGGCAUCACUCAUCCCAGACCGCUCAUGGACCAUUGGGCCCGCCUCCUUGGGGAGCACCACCUCAUCACCCUCACCGAUCUCGUGCCGUUCCAUCUCCCGGUCCUUCCGAUGAGGAUGAGCCUAUCGAUCCCCUCAAAUCGGCGUAUGCAGCUGCACCAUGGGCAAAUAUGCUUCACCUGGCCGAAGCUGCAAGACUGAAAGCGGAUUCGCACAUCGGCGGAGAUGAUGAUCAAGGAUUCCGACCGAAGGUGAUCUCUCCUCGCUACGAUGUGCUCGAUGAUGUGCAAAGAGCGAGAAAGCGACCUCGCACAUUGAGCGCCGUAGGGGAUGAUGCUCCUUCUGUUCACAUCAGUCUCAACGAAAGAGGACCCAAUGGAUCACCAGAUCCGGUCGAUCUAGGAUGGUGUACAUUGGAGAAGGGGAGACAAUUCUUCGAACGGUGUGGUGUCUACAUGCCUUGUUUCGAUCCAGAAUAUGACACGUGGGACAGUCUGCGAAAACGAUCUCCAUUCGCGAUAACGACGAUCAUAGCAGUGGUCACAAAAUGCGAGGAUGCAGCUGGCCCUCCCAGUGAACUCCAGCUGAAAAGUAGGGAACAUGCGGAGAAAAUGGCCAUGCACUCCCUCUUUACUCCUGUUUCUAGGAUCGAGAUUGUACAGGCGAUGAAAACAUUCUGGAGACCAGGUGGCCAUGCAAUUCGGAUGGCAAUGGACAUGGGAUUGCACAAGUCGCUGGCGUAUCUGGUGGAAGCUGGUAUGGGUGCUGGAAAAACGCCGGAGCAGGUCGAGGCGGACAGACUGAUCGUUGCCGGAGCUAGAGUUUGGCUUACGCUCUUCAAGAUGGAAUACGAGUGA